AUUGUGAAAGGCAAGGACAGGAAGAGUCCUUUUGAAUAGAAAACACUGAGGAAGAGGAGUCACAUGACAGGAUGACAGAAUUCCUCCUUUUACAUGAGUGCUGAGACAACAGGAAGUUUGAAUCUCAGUCAGAUUUUUUACCCGGAUCAAUAAAACAUGAACAAUGUCACUGAUUAUUAUUGAUCUGAGGCUUUAUUGAUCCAGCUAACAGUAAGAACUCGAAUUUGUAGCUGUGAACAAAGGCUACGUUUACCACAGUGAUGAAAAGUUUCAAAGUAAAAGCCUCGUCGGUGUAGCGGAGCCCAGAGGAACAGACCAGCAGCUUUAAAGGGUUCGAAGACAGGCUCCACCCCCGGCUCCCUGCUGCUUACACCGAGUCAAAAUGGCCGCCAGCAGCUGAACAUGUGACAGGAAGUUAAAGUAACAAGUCGACUCUGUGAUCAUCAUGUCCCACGCCAAGCACCUGCUGCCGAUGCCUUCCACUGUGGUGGAUGUUUCACUGCAGAGGAUGCCCCGCCUCCUUUUUCUUCUUCUUCUGGUGUUGACGUCACUCAGCCUGGUGUCGGCCACAUCACCGCUCACUGUGGCAUUGUGGCGUCGUGGCAACCGAGUCUCCACUAUCAGCGCCUGCCACCGACUGGAGACGGCAGACGGAGGACUGACGGUCCGCUGCAGUGGACUCAGACUGACCCAGGUACCCAUCGGCCUGCCGAACCGCACCACUCGUCUGUUUCUGAAUAAAAACCUGCUGACCUCUCUGGCGGCCGACAUGUUCUCCAGUCUGUUCCUGCUCGAUGAGCUCGACCUGUCACAUAACCAGCUCUCCUCACUUGAAGACGGUUGUUUCCGUGGGUUGGACUCGCUUACUUUCUUGGACCUGUCGUACAACCGCCUGUCCACGCUGGAGCUGCCGGUGCUCGGCGGUCUGCAGAUUGAGGCCAACCUCACACAUAACCCCUGGCACUGUGACUGCAGGAUGGAGAUGUCCAUGCCUCAGUUGGAUCUGGACCCGACCUCACUAGCAGAAGUUGUCUGUGCAACCUCUGAUCUCCCAAACCUCGGAGCUGUCGGGAUACCACUGGUUGUGCUGAUGGAGGACUGGGAUCUGUGUUUGUCUGUGAGGAGAACCACUGAUGUGGUGACACUCGUCACCAUGUUCCUCUGGCUCUUCAUGCUCAUCUGCUACCUGGCCUACUACAUCCGCCAGAACCAGGCGGUCACACGCCGAAACCUGGAGUACCUGAAGUUACUGGAGAGCAAAAAUCCUUAUAAACCCAAAAAGACAACUUCAUGAUGACCUUUUGGAAUUCCUGAAUGCCUGUCUAGAGUUACCCACAGCUGUGUUUUCCCUCAAAGACAUCCGUAAUGACUUCCAGAGCAAUUUCUUUGCCCACAGUCAAAGGAGCUUGCAA